AUGUUUGGUGAGAUGCAUAGGAAGGAGAAUGAUGGGAUUUGGAUAGAUGAUUUCACUGUCACUACUAUGCUUAAGCUUUCUGCCAAGUGCCAACAGUUGCAUGGCGUUAUGGUGAAAACUGGGAAUGAUGCCAAUGCGUUUUAUGGGCAACAGUUGCAUGGCGUUAUGGUGAAAACUGGGAAUGAUGCAACUAAGUUUUCCCUUAGUUCUCUCAUUCACAUGUAUUCGAAAUGUGGGAAGUUUAAGGAAGUCUGUUUUGGUUGUGCCAAAUCUGAAAUCAUGCCGCAGCGAAGAAGUUUGAAUAUGUGCCACCCUGACGGUACCCCAUGGGUAGCAAACUUGAUCAUGGGAGACACUAUCACAAACUUACAAAAUUUGGCUGAUGAACACCCAGAUGUUGGACAUGCGCUUCGAGCCUCGCGGGUGAACUUUUUGACGGAAUCUGACACUCGACUUCUCUUUGUCAAAGCCUCACAAGGUCAUUUACCCAUUUCUCCAACAACACCGGGGAUAAACCAAGAGGGCCUCUUCUUCGUAGUUUCUCAUGCAUACUCAGAUGGAUCACAUUACGAGAUUCUGAAUAAAGGUCGUUACACACAAUCAGGACGUCCUUUUGGUGAAUUCAAUUUCACAGAGGCCAAUCUUAAGGAUAAACGGAGUAACUUGUCGUACACCCGCAGAAACAUACGGCUCCGACAUCAAUUCAACAUACUCGCUUGUAUCCACUAUCUUAGAGUACAUGAAAAUCCACAUGCAAAGGUUAUUGCGGAGAAGAGGAAUCAUAUUGAAGCUGAUUCUCACGAGGUUAGCUCUGCAAACAAUUUUAUAUACCAAUAA